UUUCUGGGGACGGUGGAGGCCGUGCAGCGUCGCCGUUACUCUGAGCAAAGAACUGUGGGCAGAGGAAGUUGGGGUUAGAGAGGAUUGGGAGGCAGAUACUUUGCUGUGCUCAAAUCGAAGUCAAGGGUGCAAACAUGCAGAGCAAUAAAACCUUUAACUUGGAGAAGCAGAACCAUACUCCAAGGAAGCACCAUCAACAUCACCACCAGCAGCACCAUCAGCAGCAGCAGCAACAGCAGCAGCAGCAGCAACCACCCCCACCAAUACCUGCAAAUGGACAGCAGGCCAGCAGCCAGAAUGAAGGUUUAACCAUUGACCUGAAGAACUUUAGGAAACCAGGAGAGAAGACUUUCACCCAACGAAGCCGUCUCUUUGUGGGCAAUCUUCCUCCUGACAUCACUGAGGAGGAAAUGAGGAAACUUUUUGAGAAAUAUGGGAAAGCAGGUGAGGUUUUCAUGCAUAAGGAUAAAGGCUUUGGCUUUAUUCGCUUGGAAACACGAACCCUAGCGGAAAUUGCCAAAGUGGAGUUGGAUAAUAUGCCACUCCGUGGAAAGCAGCUGCGUGUGCGCUUUGCCUGUCAUAGUGCAUCCCUUACAGUCCGCAACCUUCCUCAGUAUGUGUCCAACGAACUGCUGGAAGAAGCCUUUUCUGUGUUUGGUCACGUGGAGAGGGCUGUGGUCAUUGUGGAUGACCGAGGAAGGCCCUCAGGGAAAGGCAUUGUUGAGUUCUCAGGGAAGCCAGCUGCUCGGAAAGCUCUGGACAGAUGCAGUGAAGGCGCCUUCUUGCUAACCACAUUUCCUCGGCCUGUGACUGUGGAGCCUAUGGACCAGUUAGAUGAUGAGGAGGGACUUCCAGAGAAGCUGGUUAUAAAAAACCAGCAAUUUCACAAGGAGCGAGAACAGCCACCCAGAUUUGCACAGCCGGGGUCCUUUGAGUAUGAGUAUGCCAUGCGCUGGAAGGCACUCAUUGAGAUGGAGAAGCAGCAGCAGGAUCAAGUGGACCGCAACGUCAAGGAGGCUCGUGAGAAGCUGGAGAUGGAGAUGGAGGCAGCACGCCAUGAGCACCAGGUUAUGCUAAUGAAGCAGGAUUUGAUGAGGCGUCAGGAAGAACUUCGGAGAAUGGAGGAGCCGCAUAACCAAGAGGUUCAGAAACGAAAGCAGCUAGAGCUCAGGCCGGAAGAGGAACGCAGGCGCCGUGAGGAAGAAAGGCGGCGGCAACAAGAAGAAAUGAUGCGGCGACAGCAAGAAGGAUUCAAGGGAACCUUCCCUGAUGCGAGAGAACAAGAGAUACAGAUGGGCCAAAUGACUAUGGGAGGUGCUAUGGGCAUAAACAAUAGAGGCGCCAUGCCCCCUGCUCCAGUGCCAACUGGUACCCCAGCUCCUCCAGGACCUGCCACUAUGAUGCCAGAUGGAACUUUGGGAUUGACCCCACUAACAACUGAACGUUUCGGGCAAGCUGCUACAAUGGAAGGAAUUGGAGCAAUUGGUGGAAAUCCUCCUGCUUUCAAUCUUCCAGCUCCUGGACGCCGAUACUAA